AUGGGUCUACAAACAGAAAAGGAAAAAGAAAAGGAGAAUCAAAAAAACAAUUUUAAAAUAUGUAGCAAAAAAUUUGAAACAGAUGAAUUAGAAGUUUUAAAAAAAAUUUACAAAGAAUUAGGUAGUCGAUCUGGUUCUAAUUAUAUAGAUAAAGAAACUUUUCUUCAAUUUUUCCCUUUGCCAGGAUUAUGGGGGGAGAGAUUAUUUUUAAAGUUUAAUUUCAAAAAUACUGGAUAUAUAGAUUUUGAAGAAUUUAUAAUAGGAAUUGCAAUAUGUUGUAGAGGAACAAAGAGUGAUAAAAUAAAUGUACUUUUUGAUAUUUUUGAUUUAAAUUCAGAUGGAUAUAUUCAAAAAUCAGAAAUGGUUGCUAUGCUUUCAAAUAUCCCUUAUAUUCAUAAAUUAAAAAAUGCUUUUUUUAGUAAAGAAAAUAGAAAAAAUAUAUAUGACGAAUACAAUAAUAAUGAAGAUAAUAAUAAAUUAUUUCAUAAUGCAAAUGAUGAGGAAAAUAAAGCUCUCAAUUGUAAUAAAUGUUCAAAACAAAGAAAUCAUACAUUAUGUCAUGAUAGUUUAUUAAAUGAUAAAGAAUUGUCGAAAAAGUUAGGAAAGGAAGAAAAAUAUGAGAGUAAAAAAUUUAUCAAUGAUACAAGUAUUGAGCAAUGUGAAGAUAAGUCGUUAAACAUUGAUAAAAAAUCAAAAAAAGAGAAAUCAAAAUAUUCUAAGAAAUAUUCUUUUUAUAAAAGUGAAAGUGAUGAUACUAACUCAUCUUCUAGUAGUACUACUAGUGUUUUUGCUAAUGAUGAAUAUUAUUUAAAUAAAUGUAAAAAGGGUUUUAAAGAUGGAACAAAAAAAAAUUUAUCAAAAUGUUUGAGAAAAUACAAAAUUGCUAAUAACACAUAUAUAUCAUCAACUUCUGAUAGUUCAACUAGUAAUGAAACUAGUUCUCAUUUGAAUAAUGGAGAUUAUAAUAGCUUUAGUUCAAAUAAAGAUCAGAGGGAUUUAUGUUCUAGUUAUUCUUCUGAUUCUUUUAUUAGCAUUUAUGGAUAUUUAAUUAAAAAUAAAAAAAAGAAAAAAGAAAAAAGAAAACAAAAAGAGGGAAAAGAAGAAAAAAAAGGAAAAGAAAAAACCGAUGAAAUAGAAGGAGAAGGUGAAGAAGAUGAAGAGGAAGAAUAUGAAAAACAAGAAAUGGAAAAUGAAGAAUUACAAAAAGAAUCAAAUGAUGAAAGAGAGAAAAAAGAAUAUGAAGAAGAACAAAGAAAUGAAAUAAAGAAAAGUAAAGGAGAAACAUAUAGUAAAAGAGAUAAUAUAAAUAUUUAUAAAAAAGAGAGAAAAAGAGAACAGAAAAAAAAAAAAAAUUUUUUAAAUGAGUAUUGCUUACCAUCAAAAACAGCUAGAAAUAUAUUAAAUGAUGAGGAAAAUAAUGAAUUAUCAGAUAAAAAUGUUGAUGUUGAUGAAAUUGUUGAUAUGAUGUUAGAAGAAUGUGAAUUUUUAGAUAAUGACAAGAUAACUCUUAUACAAUUUAAAAGUAUUAUUUAUAAAUAUGAUUUUUUCUUAUAUAUCUUUUUUAGUUGUUUACAUGAAGAUAUAUGGGGGUUACAAGGAAAUGUAUUAUAUGGAAGAGAUUAUAUUAGUAAUUUUGUUAUAAAAUCAGAAAACUUUAAAAAUAAUGAAAUUGAUGAUAAUGAAGAAAUAAUAACAGAAGAAUUAUAUUUUAAAAUUAGGCAACUUUUCAUUGUUCAGGCUCCUGAUUAUGAUUGUGCAAAUGAUAAUAUGUGUGUUAAUUUUUUAAACAAUAAAAAUAUAGAAAAAGAGGAUAAUGAAAAAAGAGAAGCAUUAGAAUUCGACUAUGAUAAGGAAAAAGGUGAAAUAAUGCAUAAAAAAAAAACGAAAAAUGAAAAUUAUAACAAAUUAAUUAAUAUUAUUCAUAAUAAAGUAAAAAGUGAUGAAAUUAUAAGUGAAUGUGAGAAUGAUAAAGGAAGUAAGGAUACGGAUGAAAAAAAUAGAGAAAUGAAUAAUUAUAUUUCUUCUGAAAAAUCAAGUAAUAACUUAAAAAACCAAAUUACAAAUAUCAAAGAGAAGGAAAAUAUUUUAAAAAAUGAGGAAACAGAAAAUUAUGUUAAUGGGAUUAAGCAUAAUGAUAAAAAAAAUGAUGAUACGGAUGUGAUUGAAAAAGAAAAUAUAAAAAAUGUAAAUAAAAAGGAUAAUAUUGAAAGUGAUGUUACCAUUAAAGAAGAAAUAGGCAAAAUAGAUAUAGAAAAAAACAAUAUUGAACAUAAUAAAGAAGUACUUGAAGAAAGGGAAUUUUCUAAGCCUAUAAAUAAAGAAUUAAUAAUAAAUCAAAAUGGUCAUGAUCUAAUAGAUUUAAAAAAUAAAGCUAGUGUUUUCCAUAAAGAAGUUGAAUUAAAUAAUAAUAAAAUUUAUAAUCAGGAAUAUAUAGAUCUCUAUAAUAAAAAUGAUAUUGAUGAUUUCAUUGAAAAAGAAAAAGAUCUUUUAGAUGGAGAGAAAAAUAUUUUAAAAAAUGGAAAUUCUUUGAUAAAUGAAAAUAUUUUACAUUUUGAAAGAGAUAACGGAAAAAAAAUGAUUAUGAAUAAUGAUGAUAAUAAAAUGAAAACAGAUGAUAUAGAAGAAAAAAAUUAUAGUACUAUUCAGAAUAAUAUAAAUAUAUCAAAAAAUAAAAAUGCAUAUAUUAAUGAAACAAUAGAAAGUAAUAUAAAUGAAAUAAAUAAUAUAAGUGAAAGUAACAAUAAAAAUAAAACUAAUUAUGAAUGUGAUUUUAAUUUAUUAACAAAUUCAUUUAAUGAUAUAUUUUCCAAAGAAAUUGUAGAAUUUAUUCAAGCAUCAAAAAUAAGUUUCAAUAUAAAUGAUGUUUGCAAAGAGAGAAGUUUACAAAAUAAAGUAAAGUAUAAGAAGACAAAAAGGAAUAUUGAAAAAGUAAAAUAUUAUCCCAUUACUUCUUUAAAUAGUCACAGAAAAAAAAAACAUUCUACAGAUAAAGUUGCAAUGGGCGUGAAUAUAAAUAACGAGAAAACAAAAAAUAAUGAGACAGAAAAGGAUCAUGAAGAAUAUUGUAAAAAGGUAAUAAAAGAUGAUGAUUCAGCAUUUAAAAAUAAAGUUCACAAAAUUCCUAAUAAAAUUGAAUUGAACAAUAUUUUAAAUAAUAAUCUCUUGAUAAAUAAUGAAAAGUAUGAAGAAAAUAUGAAGAAUAUAAAUGAGGGAUAUUUAGAAAAGGAAAGUGUUAUUUCUGUUAAUGGAGUUAUAAGGAAACAUUUAUCAGAAGUUAAAAUACAAAGUAUAGAGGAAUUUAAUAUACCUGAACAAAAUGAGUUAUGCUAUAAAAAAAGUGACGUGAGUGGUUCUACUUCUCUAAGUAAGGCAAAUGAAAAAAAGGAAGAAAUAAGCGAAGAAAAAGGAGAUAAUAGUUGUGAUUUUAAUAUACCAACGGAAAAUAGGAAUUCUAUAGAAAAAGAAGACUUAGAUAAAGGAGAAAAAUUGGAAUUUAUGAAUCAGGAAAAAAUGGAAAAUGGAGAAAUAAAGGGAAAUACUGUUUUAUAUGAAGAAGAGGGUUGUGAACAGUUUAAAAGUAAGAAAGAUGAUAUGAAAAAUAAAAGUAAUAGUUUUAAUACUAUUGAUGAAGUUCAUUCAUUUAAAAAAGAUGAAUGUUCUAGUAAUAAUAAUGAAAGUAGUUUUUUAAAAAAAAAAAAGAGGAAGAAGUAUGAAUUAACAAAAAAACAUGUGAAAGAUAUUAAUUUAUAUUCUUGUCCCAAUUGUAAAGGCCCCUUUUUAAUGUGCCCAAAUUGCCACAAUAGAUAUCCUAGAUUUUGUGUAAAUGAUAAUAAGAUAGCAAUGGAAUGUGAAUAUUGUGAUAGUGAAAAUUGUUAUUUUUAUAAUUGUAUUUAUUGUAACUUUGAUUUUCAGAAAUGUUUAGAUAUGAUAAAAAAAAAUUCUCUAAAAGAAGGUAUAUUAUACAAAAUUGGGAAACAUCUUCAUCAAUUUAAAGCUAGGUAUUAUAUUUUAUUUGAUAAUUUAUUGUAUUAUUAUGAUAAAAAAAGAAACUUAAAACCAAGAGGUUUUAUGUUUUUAGAAGGAUGUUAUGUAGAAAAAAUAUCUAAAAAUGAACAUAUUAAUAAAUAUGGAUUUUCUAUAUGUCAUAAGGGAACAAAACAAGUUCAAAAAAGAAAUUUAUAUGUAAAUAGUUAUGAAGAAAGGGAAGAAUGGAUGCAAGCAUUAUAUUCUUCAACAAAACAAAACACUUUAUAUAAUUUAUAUGAAUUACAUGAACAGUUAGGGCAAGGAAAAUUUUCUACAGUAUAUAGGGGAAUAAAUAAGCAAACAAAUUCUGAGUUUGCGAUAAAAGUAAUUGAUAAAAGAUCAGUUUCUAUAUAUGAAAAAGAAUUAUUAAGAAGUGAAAUUUGUAUAUUAAGAUUACUCAGACAUCCUAAUGUAAUUUAUUUAAAAGAAAUUAUUAAUACCAAGGAAACAUUGUACAUUUCAAUGGAGUUAGUAAAAGGCGGAGAGUUAUAUGAUUUUCUGCUAUCAGAAACUAGAUUAAGUGAAAUUCAUACUAACAAAAUUAUCUCUCAGUUAAUCAGGACAGUAGCUUAUUUACAUAGAUGUGGUAUUAUACAUCGGGAUAUAAAACCAGAAAAUAUUUUAUUAACAGAUAAAUCAAGAGAUGCUCAGAUAAAAUUAACCGAUUUCGGGUUGUCAACGUUAUGUGCUCCAAAUGAAUUAUUAAAAGAACCUUGUGGGACAUUAGCAUACGUUGCACCUGAAGUUAUAACAUUACAAGGAUAUAAUCACAAAGUAGAUGCUUGGUCAAUAGGAAUAAUUUUAUAUUUACUUUUAAGUGGGAAGUUACCAUUCCCAAUUAAUAAAAAUACAGAAAUGAAUAUUCAAAAAAAUUAUGUUUUAAGCUUUAAAGAUAAUAUAUGGAAAAAUAUAUCAUCGUCGGCUAAAGAUUUAAUAUCCAAAUUGCUAGAAUUAAAUGUAGAAAAAAGAAUUUCAGCAAAUGAAGCAUUAGAGCACAUUUGGAUAAAAAACCCAACUGCUGUUAUUAAUGAAAACUCAGUUAUUUAUAAAAAUGAAGAGAUAAAUAUUUUAAAUUUACAAGAUGUUAGUGUUAGUACUUUUAAUAUACCAAAGUAUACUCAAUUUCAUAUUGAAGAAGAAAAAAAUAAUGAAGGCAAUGAAAAUAAAAAUGUUUUUAAUCUUUACCAAAAUGAAAUAUGUGAAGAUGAUGAUUCAAACGAUGAUCCUGUUAUCCCUUUACCUUAUAGUAGUGCACCUUUAAAAGAAAAUUCGUUGGAGAAAAAAAUUUUAGUGAAUCAUUCAAAAUCAUCCUCUUUUAAUAAAGAAGAUAUCCCAAAUGAAAAUUCUAGGAAAAUAAACCCAGAUCAAAAUAAUAAUAAUAAUAAUCAGAAUAAUGUUACUACUAAUGUAUAUUGUAAUAAUGAUAAAAUUGAGCAAAAUUCAAAAGACACAUCAAAUAAAAUAUAA